AUGACUCCUUUACACUAUGCCUGUUACUGGGGUUUCGAACAAAUUGCAGAGGACUUGAUCAUUUCUGGAGCACAGAUCGGAGCUUGCAAUAAACGUGGUCAAACGCCAAUGGAUGUUUGCCAGGGACCAUCACGGCAAGCAAUCGCUGAGAUUGCAAUGGAAAAUGGCCAAAAUCCGAACGAGCGGAUACCGUUCAAAGAUCAGACGUGGAAAGGCACAAAAUCUCGUACCAGAGAUGCGACUCUGUCCAGGUACACCGGAGUGGAUGUCUCAUCAUUAAAUCUGAUCACCAAGGUGGCCGAAUCUCAUUCGGGUGAACUUUGGCGUGGAAAGUGGCAAGGUAACGACAUCGUGGCCCGUAUCCUAGCCGUACAGGAAGUGACACCGCGGAUUUCUCGUGACUUUCAGACCGAGUUCCCAGCGCUCAGGAUUUUUGCUCAUGCCAACAUCUGCCCAGUGCUAGCAGCCGCCAAUCAACCUCCGAACCUUGUCGUCAUUAGUCAAUUUAUGCCAUUCGGAAGCCUCUAUAAUGUGCUACACGAACAGAGCUCUGUCGUCAUUGACCAUAGUCAAGCAAGUUCGCUUUGCAGUCGAUAUCGCUCGAGGAAUGUCGUAUUUGCACAGUCUCGAUCCUGCCAUUUUGAGAUUUUAUUUGUCAUCGAAGCAUGUCGUUGUGGACGAAGAACUGACAGCCAAACUCUCGAUGGCCGACACGAAAUUCUCAUUCCAAGAAGUAGGACGAAUAUAUUCACCAGCUUGGAUGAGUCCUGA